AGCAAGCUGCAAUUAGCCAAGGAUGGUCAUGGGAAGAGCGCAGAUAAGCAGGGCCAGUAAGAAAUAGGUUUUGGACUGUCCUUGGCAGUGGAUAUGAGGUAGUAUAAAAAGCUCUGAAAACAUGUGGAAUCUCUCCAACGGAGACCAUGGGCAAGAUUACUUUUUACGAGGACAGGAACUUCCAAGGUCGUAGUUAUGAGUGCAGCAAUGACUGCACAGACCUGCACUCCUACUUCAGCCGCUGUAACUCCAUCAGGGUGGAGAGUGGCUGUUUUAUGAUCUAUGAGCGCCCCAACUACAUGGGCCACCAGUAUUACAUGAGAAGGGGAGAAUAUCCUGAUUAUCAGCGUUGGAUGGGCUUCAGUAGCUGUAUCCGAUCAUGCCGUAUGAUUCCAAUGUACCGGGGUUCAUAUAGGAUGCGAAUCUACGAGAAGGCCGACUUCAGCGGUCACAUGAUGGAGUUCAUGGAUGACUGUCCCUGUGUGUCUGAUCGUUUCCACCACCGCCACGUCUACUCCUGUAAUAUCAUGAACGGCUUCUGGAUCUUCUACGAGUAUCCCAACUACCGGGGUCGACAGUACUUCCUAAGAGCAGGAGAGUACAGAAGAUACCGUGAAUGGUGCGCCACCUGCGCCAUUGUAGGCUCCUUUAGACGCGUCACUGACUUUUAGCCAUCCUGCUCAAGCACUUGCUGUAAAUACAUGCUUAGUUAUUAAAAUGGUUCAAUUUUUAA